GCUAUACCAUGGAUCAGUUGUCAAAUUUAUUUUAUCCAGCGGAGGAGGUUGUCGUGUUUGUUGUAUCAAUUUGUAUGUCAAUUAUCAAUUAACCCUUGUUAAUAAUGGCCUGUUGAUUAUUAAAAAGCAGUGCUUGGAGCAAAUAUUAUCGAUGUGCAGUGUAGCGUGUGUGUAAAUAAUGGCUACCGGCGGCGAAGAGCUGUGGCGCGAGUGCGCGUCCUGGCUUACGAGAUGUGGCUUACUGCGUCCGGACCACAAGGCAAAUUGGGAGACGAGUACUAUUCAUGACUUGGCUUAUACAUUGCGCGACGGUGUAUUACUAUGCAAUUUAUUAAACGUAUUGCAUCCUGGUUGUAUCGAUAUGAAGGACGUAAAUCAGCGACCGCAAAUGGCACAGUUUCUGUGUAUGAGAAAUAUAAAAGUAUUUCUGCGGACGUGCCAUGAGGUUUUUGAGUUACGAGAAACAGAUCUCUUUGAUCCAUCAAUGCUGUUUGAUCUGUCCAAUUUCCACCGAGUGCUGUGUACACUGGCUAAACUCAGUCAGUGCCCUAAGUCGUUGGCCAAAAAUGUUAAGCCAUUCUCAGCUCACCGGACACAAUCAGAAGAAGAUAUAUACAAAGAUCUGCAGUCUGUCGGCGUCGCGUGCCCGCCGCGCGUGGCCGACGUGAGCGAGUACACGAGCUACUGCGCGCGCAUUCGAGACGAAGAGAUCUACCGCGACCUGUGCGCGCUCAAGCCGGCGCACACGCACGCGCCCCUCGUCCACGCCGCGCAUGCUCAUACGCUGCAGAACAACGCUUUUACUGAUGAUAACCGAUCGGGGUUCUUCCCGAAGGAGUGCGUGCGGGAGGAGCCGGAGUGUAUCGGCGCGCUAGACUGA